GGGCUCCCAGAGCACUCGAGCGACGCUGCCAGCAGGACAGGCAGGAGCAGGCAGCCACGCACCGCAGCACUCGACAGGUACCAGCAAGUCUCUGCCCGGGUCUUCACAAGCGGCAGCAGAGAUGGCAUUUGUCCCUGAUUUGGACACACUGGAAUGCGGCAGCCUGAACGAGGAGACAUUUUAUGGCCCUGACUGCCUCUGCCUGCAGAAGGUAAUGCUGGAGCAGUGGGAAUGGCCCUGGGAGUGCCGUGAUGGGGAAGCCAGGCUCUCACCCCAUGUUCCCUUCUCUCCCCAGAAACCUCGCCUGGACUCAGGGGUGACAUUGCCCGGGGUGGGCAUCCAGGUGACAGUGACCAAGGGACACCCUGCCAGGACCUUUCGCCAGGCCGCCAUCCUCGUGGUGGCUGUGACCAAGCUCCUGAAGCGGCCGGUGCACAAGGACUUUGCUGACAGUGACCUUGGGGGCUUCCUGGAUGAAAUUUUUGGUAUGGGGUGGUGGUGUUGGGGGUGGCACCCCAACCAGGGGACGCUCUUGAGGGAUGCUCUUGGACCCAGGUGCAUCAGCAUCCCCCUGACCAUUCCCUCCCCACAGAGCCCAUCUCCUUCCAGCGGGUCAGCAGCAGCUCCGCUGGGGCACCUGUCUACCGCUACACCCGCUCCCAGUCCUUUGACAUCCUUGACAUCGACCAGAAGUGCUUCGUGCUGGAGUCACCCACCCAGCUGGUGGCCCUGCACCUGCAGGGACCCUCUGCCGGGCGGAAAGGUGAGGGGGCACAGUUCUGACCCAAUGUCCCCAUCCCCAACCCUGGGACCACCCAGGAGCCACCCAACAGCCCUGGGACUACCCGUUAACCCUUCCCUUCUCUCUGCAGUGAAGCUCAACAUUGCUCUGUACCGUCCCCGGUCAUCGAAGGGUGGCCUGGGGACUGGGCAGGUGCCAGUGGCGUUGGGCAUCAAGGGCUACCAACUCUACAUGUCAUGUGUGAUGAGCGGCGCCAAGCCUGUGCUGCAGCUGGAGGAAGUGGAUGUCAGGAGGGACAUUGAGAGUGUAGAGCUGACUCGCUUCAUCUUCUACCGCCUGGACAGCCCGGCCGAGGGAACCACCCGCUUCGAGUCAGCCGCCUUCCCCGGCUGGUUCAUCUGCACCUCCCUGCAGCCACGCCAGCCCGUUGGCAUCACCAACCACCCUGACCAGGUCAACAUUGCCACCUAUGAGCUGAGCAGGCGCUGAGGAGCCCCCAUGCCCAACCCAACCCAACCCAACUGGCAGUUGCUGGUUUUCAGGCCGUAUGUACCGAGUACAACCUCUCCCCCACAGCUGGGACCCAUGUCCCUCCGUCUAUUUCAGGUGAAAUAGCAGCUCUGGGCCCCGUGGGCCCGAGUCACCCUGAUUUAUACUUAUUUAUGGUGUCUGCCCAGAGUUUUUAUAUUUAUUUAUUGUGUCCCUCCCUUGCUUUUAACUUUUAUACCUUUAAAUGGAAAUACUGUGAUUUUGUUAUCGGGAAUGGGGGUAUUUGUUGGUAAUGGAGGAGGAAAUAAAAGGUUUCUCCGGAUGGCAUCGCUCA